AUGACGGGUACGAGAGAAGAUGGAAAAAACAACUAUCCCAAAGCCUCAAAUCAUUUAGUAAAUGGAGCACUGUUGACUUACAUCGGAGGGAUGUUUUUAAUGAUAGCAUUUUGCAGUCCUUACUGGGUGAAGUCGUUCGAUGACACCUUUUCGCAAUUCAAGCACAUGGGCUUGUGGGAAUAUUGCUUCGACCAAUUCCGUUAUCCCUAUUACCAGUUCGACCACCUCUUCGACGGCUGCCACCACAUAUUCAGCCGAGAGUACUACGUGAUACGAGAGUGGCUGCUGCCACCGUGGUUGAUGACCGUGCAAGCCUUCGUAACGAUAGCCUUUCUGCUGACCUUCUUCGCGCAAGUCAUAAUGGCGUUCCAAUUGGUCAGAUACCCUCUGCAUUUCAUCCUACAGAGGGAAUACAUACUCUCGUUUAUAUCGUACAUUUUGGUAGCUAGCACAGCCGUGUUGAUGUUCUUGUCGAUAGCCAUAUUCGGGGCGUCGCACGUCCGCAGGGAUUGGUUAAUGUAUCCUAAUUUUAACUAUCUCUCCUGGUCGUACGGCAUGGCGUGUUUGUCGUUCUUUUUCCACGUAUUCGCGGCGUUCUGCAUGCACAAGGAGUUCAUGUUCAGCUUCGAGCGCAGGAGGGAAUCGAAGAAUCUCAUCAUGCAGAUGCAGCCCAAUCCGCAGCACCGCUUGGGAUGGCAGAUGCAGUAA